UUAAGGAUGCCGGAAAUAAGAGCUGGUUAAGACACCAAUGAAGUAGAAAAAGUAAACUGCAACAUGGCGACUCCCAUGCAUAGAAUAAUAGCAAGGAGGCAAGCGGAGGCAAACAAACAAUCUGUUCGCUGUCAGAAGUGUUUGGAGAUGGGACACUGGACCUACGAAUGCACAGGGAAGCGGAAAUAUGUGCACAGACCGUCAAGAACAGUUGAGAUGAAAAAGAAACUCAAAGAAAAUGAAAACAAACCACUCAGCAUCACUGGACCAGGAACUGAAGGCUCCGUUGAGAAAAAAGUGAAAAAGAAGGCUAAAGAUGGCAGCGACAGCAGCAGUGAUUCAGGCGGCUCCUCAAGUGACUCAUCAUCAGACAGCAGCGACUCCUCCAGCUCCUCUUCGGAUGACAGCGACAGCAGCAGUGACAGCGACGAUGACAGCUCUUCUUCAUCUUCCUCUUCCUCCUCCUCCUCGUCCUCAGACAGCUCAGACUCGGGAAGUAGCAGUGAUUCAGAUCAAGGACCUCCAAGGAAGAAAAAAAAGAAGAAAUAAAUAUUUAGGAGUCAGUGGGUUUCCGUGUUGUUGUUUGUUUCCCCACGUCAACUUUGGCUCUCCACUAUAUUUUCUCCUCUAAUCCAUCAUAGUUGCUUGGAUCUGAAUGAACAGGACACCUUCAGGGCUAGAAUACCGCCCAAACAGCUUUAGCAAAAAUGCAAAUUAUAGAGGAAAGAUUAUUUCGAGUUUGCCAUUGUGUAAUUUUUCCUUUCAAAACACAUUACUUCUAUCAAUGUGAUAUUUUCUCAAGUUUGUAGGACUACUAACAAUAUGAAUUUUUCGAAACUGUCCUUUAUUCAUGUUGAAUUUGUGAUUUUGUACUAAAGUAUAUUUUUAGUCAAAGUUAAUCUGUACAGCUCACAACCUCAGUAAAGCAACGCCAUAUCUAGAAUCAAAAACACAUUGAUAAUGAGACCUUUAAAGAAUAACAAAAGUUUGUUCAAUUUUUAAUUCGUUUGAAUGGAUAAGGUCUUGUUAUUAUGAAAUUGUAGUUGCUUAUUCCACUGUAAAAUAAACUUGUUUUUCUUUUUAA